CGUUAUGCAAAUCGAAAUUUAGAAAUCUUAACAUAGAAAUUCCAUGUUGCAUAGAACGAAUAGAGUGUACUAAUGUGAAUUGUCAUUUUAAAAUUCGCGCUAAUUAUGGCUGACAAUUUCGUAAAAAAGUUUUGUAUUAAAUAUUGUAAUUUAUUUCAAAAAUCAGUUAUUUAUUACACAUUUCGCACAUUGCUUACAAUAAAUUUAAAUUAUUUUUUAUUUUAUAUUAUUAAAAUGCAGUUAGAAGAUGUUGCUAUUAUUCAAUGCAGAUAUCAAUUGAUUAAGAAAAAUUAUCUUGUAACAAAACUAUUGUUUUAUUGCAAACGAGAACUAUCUAUUCAUAUCUUUUGUGAACAAUCAUAUCAAACUGUAUAAUUUCAUUUUUCAAGAUUUCACUUUGGUAAUAUUAGCGAAACAUCGUAAUUUCCUUAUCACAGUUAUCAAAGGUUCAAUCGAUUUCAAUUUGCACGAGCUAGCACUACCGUGGCAAUAUAUAUCUCGGAUUCCUCUUUGCUUCUUCCAUUACGUUUGAUAAUGCGCGCCUCGAGAAUACUUUCAACGACACUAUUCGAAAUUUUUUACAAAACAAGAAACACGAUCUGUUUGUGCAUGUAAUAGUUACAAAGCGCUUAUUCGUACCACGAGGAACAAUAUAAUGUUCUACCGCGGAAGGAGAAUGACAACGUUAAGCGGCAAAGUUUAACUUGGGGAAUUUGGCAAUGAUUAAUGCAACGAAAAGGUGAUGUGGCGAAACUUUGGUUGGAUGGCCAUUCUGGCUACAUGGACGAUCUUUCUGAUUUUGAAUAGCGGCUUAACUGGUGAAUGGAUCUUCAAUAAUCUACAAAUCAACAAUGAAUACACUUCCUAUAAAGUUCACCAAGGAUCAGCAUCCUCUACUUUCGAUAGAAAAGCAAUUUACGAUUCUAUAUUACGACACGCAAAAAAGAAUUUCAAAUCGAAUGAUCAUUUGUCGAUGCAUACGAAAGCAGUUUUCCUGGAAUUCAAAAACAUGGAAAAUCGCGAUUUACGACUCAGUGGCUAUGAAAAGGACGACACGGUGGCAAAUGCAAUAGCUAUGCCAGGGUAUUCAAAAGACACUGAUUCUGAUAAAAAUUCUUGGCUGACUACAAAAAAAGUAGCAACAAAAAAUACGUGGUUAUUAAACAUCAUCAUUAUGGAAAAAUCGAGAAAUACAAAAAAAUAUAAAUUUGUAUCCAAUCUGCAUGUACCACCGUCCCAUGAAUCGAAAAGUACUUUGAGGAAGAAAAGAAGUAAAGAAAAAACGAUCUACACAUUCUCGAACGAUCGUAAAAAGGCAGCAAAGAUAAGACGCGACACUCGGGCGUUUGACAAGAAAAGGGAAUGGCACAGGAAAAAGCACAAAAGGGAGCGAAUCUUUAGCAGAGAAAACGGAGGGACCGCAUUCUUCCCCGACGAAUUCACAAAGCACUCGCGCAACGGCAGUUCUAUACGAGAAUUUAAAAAUUCCGAUAUCUUAAAGUUAGAAACUAUUGAAAACACCGAGUUAAGGCGCGCCGACGAGAAACGUGAAUAUAAUAGAAACGACGAAAAUUCUCGCCAAAGUUUGACGAAAAACGGCACGGAUAAAUUGAUGUACGUGAAUGUUGAAGCUAACGACGGAUCUCGGAUAUUGGAGACAACUUUCCCAAAGUAUUCGAGAUUAAAAGAAAAUCAGAAUCUUGGGAAUGUGGGUUCUGUUACAGACAAUACACUUACGGAGAAUUCGCCGUACAAGCGUUCCGUGACAGUCGCCUGGACUACGUUAAUCUUCAACUCCAAAAUCUCAAACGCAAACAGAGAAGUUGGUAACAAAGAAAACAGGGUAAAUCCCUAUCAUUCCCCGAAGAACGAAUAUUCGAAAUCCUAUAAAACAGGUGGAUUUCCAGUAAGCGAAACUUACAAACGCCACCAAUAUUCAAAGAUAGGGCUUAAAGUCAAUACAGAUGCGCGCGAAGACAGAAAAGGGAACGUCGGCGAUAUUGUCGAUUCGUUCACGUUUCACUUACCGAAUUCACUCGAUAGUCAUUUCGCUGGGGAAAGAAGCGUCAGUUUUAUGAAAGGUUUUUCUUUACAAAAAGAAAAGAACGCUUUGAAGAUGGCACGGAAGACACCUGGCUCGCGACGUGAAUAUCAAUCUUUUAUAAAAAAUAUAGGCGCAAGAAUAAAUAAAAAAGCGACAGAUCUUAACAAAUUGCAGAUACAAAAAAGAACGAGAGAGAGAGAAAUUAUCGCUGGUGCAAAUUAUGCGACGCGCAACGACCUUGAAACCGAACGUGAUCUGUUACCAACUAAUUUAUUCGCCACGGGAAUCGACAGAGCAAAGUUAGAAUAUCCAACAUCAGCGCGUAUUUCAAUCACGCAGGAGAGGAAUCCGAUGCAUGCACGAUACGUGAGGUCCAACUCGGACUGCAAGCAUCCACGGACGACUGAUUACGAAGCCCAAGUUAGUAACGCGUUUCGGUUCGGCCUAUGGAAUGUCUCCGGUUCAUCGAGGCUCGCAAAAUUCGGUAAACCCCUCGACCAGAAAGCUCAUAGUCGUGUAAAAUAUUUGCGGAAAUUCGAUGCGAUCGAUAUCGAUGCACAGCCGCAACGCAUCACUAAGAUAAUUGAUGGAAGAUCGGAACGUGAUGGAGAACUUCGAAGAACUUUAACCGAGAACGAAUCUAUCUCUCUCGAUGCAACGAAUGUCGGCGAUAAUCCGACCGAGAUGCGGGUGAUUAAUGGAUAUGCGCAGUCAUCGGGUAAACCUACGGAUGAGCUGGGAUUAGAAAACGUCAGAAUUAGGAGUCGAGAUGGAAAUCAUCCUGACAUACAUGAAGAAUCUGGAUUUUAUUCACAAAGUAGCGGUAUCCAUAAUUCAAAGUAUCGACGAUACAAACGUCACGAAAUUCGAAAUUCUCUGGGGAAUCCGACAUCAACUGAGCUCGAUAGUGAGACGUGGAAGACGUUCGAUACGAUAAGACCAACAACAUCGAACUUUCUGAUUAAAUUUACAACCAAUCCAUCCGUUUCGGUCACUCAAGCAAGUAAUAUGGAUCAGAUAUCAACUAACGCGAAUUUUCUCACAACUGUAAAAACACUGCCGUCUUCGGGAUAUCGAGAAUUCCCGAAAGAAUGGCAAUCGAUUCCGUCGACGACUACCGAUUACGAGUUACAACAUACAUAUGCCUCGGCGGGAACGGGUUCCAACGGAUCUGAUUCAUUAGAGACAAUGCUAGUAGAUAUUCCGAAAACAUUCAACGUCAGCUCGAUAGACGCGCCGGCGUUUCUAAUCAAGACGCUUGAUCGAUCGACGGCAAUCACUAAAAUAGACAAUUCCGUUAUUCUGAAAGAAAUUUCCUCGGCACCAGAAAUAAAUCUGCAAGUAUUCAACACUACGAAUAGGAGUGUCUUCGACAUGUCGUUAAUUAAACCCAUUAAUUUACGAGAGAAAUACGGAAUGCAUGGAAACGGCUCGAUCAUCUCUACAGUCGAACCGUUUCCUCAAAGGAGCAUCAAUUCCCCUCGAAAUGUCUUGGAGGACAUCACGACGGAGAAUGUCAAUGAUUCAUCGACCGACGACGCGCUCUCUGAGCAGUGGCCCGUAAAGCACAGCGCGGUGGUAGAAGGUGAUCUCGUUCUCGGUGGACUGAUGAUGGUGCAUGAAAGGGAGGACACAAUUACAUGCGGACCCAUAAUGCCUCAGGGUGGCAUACAGGCAUUAGAGGCUAUGCUAUAUACAUUGGAUAAGCUCAACGAUCGGGAGAUCGUGCCGGGCGUCAAGAUCGGGGCGCACAUACUCGACGACUGCGACAAGGAUACGUACGGUCUUGAGAUGGCGGUGGAUUUCAUUAAGGGUUCGAUAAGCAACAUAGACGGUGCAGAAUAUCACUGCAACAAAACUGCUAUACGAAAGGUAAUCAGUGGUGUCGUUGGUGCUGCGAGUUCAGUAACAUCAAUUCAGGUUGCCAAUCUUCUACGAUUGUUUAGGAUUCCACAAGUCUCCUUUUUCUCAACAAGUCCAGAGCUUUCCAACAAGCAACGCUUCGAAUAUUUUAGCCGUACCAUACCUAGCGAUCACUAUCAAGUCAAGGCGAUGGUCGAUAUUGUAUUAACGAUGGGCUGGAGCUAUGUCUCCAUCAUUUAUGAGGAGAGUAACUACGGCAUAAAGGCUUUUGAGGAACUCGAGGGUCUGUUAGGAAAACAUAACAUAUGUAUCGCCAUCAAAGAAAAGUUGGUAAAGGAUUCUGGGGUUGCCGAGGAGAUCGCCUACGAUAAUAUCAUUUUAAAGUUGCUGACAAAACCACGAGCAAGAGGUUGCAUUAUUUUCGGUUCCGAUCAAGAAGUUGCCGGGGUCAUGAGAGCGGUUAGACGAUGCAACGCAACCGGCGCUUUUUCCUGGAUCGGGAGUGAUGGUUGGAGCGCAAGAGGAUUAGUAAGUAACGGUAACGAGCCGGAAGUCGAGGGCACUCUAUCGGUUCAACCUCAGGCAAACCCCGUUAAGGGUUUCGAAGAGUACUUCCUCAAUUUGACCGUCGAGAACAAUCGAAGGAAUCCGUGGUUCGUCGAAUUUUGGGAAGAUUAUUUCAAAUGCCGAUAUCCGAAUGCAUCCCGGACACCAUAUAAUAAAAAAUAUACAAAAAUUUGCACAACGGAAGAACGUCUCACCAAACAAAACACGGCUUUCGAGGACCAACUACAGUUUGUUUCCGAUGCAGUAAUGGCAUUCGCUUACGCUUUUCGAGAUAUGCACCAUGACCUUUGCGAUGGAAAGCAAGGAUUAUGCGACAAAAUGAAACCGACCAAGGGAAUAACGCUUCUACACUACCUGCGUAAGGUGGAUUUCGAGGGUCUAAGCGGAGACAAGUUCAGAUUCGACAAGAACGGUGACGGACCCGCGCGAUACAACAUCAUACAUUUCAAGCAAAUCGAACCGGGCAAGUACAAGUGGAUACGCGUCGGUAAAUACCUGGAAGGCGAGCUGCGACUGAAUAUGUCCGAAAUCCAAUUUAAACUUGGGCAUCCUCAACCACCUGAGAGCGUGUGCUCUUUGCCUUGUGAGGUCGGCCAAGCAAAGAAAUAUGUCGAGGGUGAAAGAUGCUGCUGGCAUUGCUUUAAUUGCACUCAAUAUCAGAUACGAGAUCCCAAAGAUGAGACGCAGUGUAUUCAAUGUAGUCAAGGUACACUACCCGAUGAAACUCAUUCAAAGUGUCAAGAUAUUCCGGAAGAGUUUCUACGCCCGGAAAGCGCUUGGGCAAUAAGUGCAAUGUCUUUUUCUGCCACAGGAAUUUUGGUCACGUUAUUUGUCGGCGGCGUUUUCCUCAAACAUAACGACACGCCCGUUGUACGUGCAUCUGGACGAGAACUAUCUUAUGUUCUUCUGUUAGGAAUUUUACUCUGUUAUCUCGUCACAUUCACUUUGAUACUUAAACCCACGAACAUUGUUUGCAGUAUUCAAAGAUUUGCCGCAGGCUUGUGCUUCACGGUAGUAUACGCGGCAUUACUAACGAAGACCAAUCGAAUCUCAAGAAUCUUUAAUGCCGGAAGCGCGAAAAGACCAUCCUUCAUAUCACCGCGAUCACAACUUAUUAUCUGUUUUGGAUUAGUAUUCGUACAAAUCUUGAUUAACGGAAUUUGGAUAAUCAUCGAUCCCGCCAAAGCUAUGCAUCACUACCCUAUGAUGGAAGACAAUUUGCUCGUUUGCAAUAACUAUAUCGAUGCCAGCUAUAUGAUCGCGUUUGCAUAUCCUACAAUAUUAAUAGUCGUGUGCACCGUCUAUGCCGUCCUCACGAGAAAAAUUCCGGAAGCCUUCAACGAGAGUAAGCACAUUGGUUUAACGAUGUAUACGACGUGCGUUAUAUGGUGUGCUUUCAUACCUUUGUACUACGGUACCGGAAGCAACGUCGCAUUGAGAAUUACUUCGAUGUCAGUCACAAUCAGUCUUUCUGCGUCUGUAACGGUGGUUUGUCUCUUCAGUCCAAAGCUAUACAUUAUUUUAAUCCGACCUGAGAGAAAUGUGCGCCCAACCGUGAGGGCAGGAAGGCCUAAUCUGACGAAAAGUUCGGCGAUAACCGCUACAAAUGCUUCGAAUAUGAUGGGCCCAGUAACGGCGACGACAGUUCUGACAGCCGCAACUUGCGAUCAGAAUAAAGCAAUCAAAAAACAUAUCGCUAUAGACUGCUCCACUCAAAGCGAGUGUUACGAAUUGCAAUUGAAAGAUCAGAAGAAUGAGGAAUCAACACGCACUUCGCGAUCAACUCAAACGAUUAACAACGAACAGGAAUUUGUGGCCAUUGCGGCGAUUAAUAAAGAAUCGCCGGAUGUAAUCGCGUCUGUGAAUAAUAAGGAAUCAAAAAACAGCACGAUUACGACAAAACGACUUAAUAGCAAUGCAAGGAUAGGUAACGGACCGCUCUCUCAAAGUGAUCUCUCUUUAUAGCGGAAGGUAGGAUUAUCUAUAAAGAAAGAGAGAAAAUCCGUAUUAACUGUUAAUUUAAAACCGAUCUCGAAGAAUCCUGUGAUCGUCUGAUUUAUUCUUCGUAUAUACGAUUAGUAUUACGUCAAUGUACGUAUAUUUUUCAACGUAAAAGACGCAAAAUAUCUGUAUUAAAAAUUGUUUUAGAAAUUAUUAUUUAUAUCAUCAGAUGUCCCUCGCCAAAGUUCGACAGCAAAAUAACAACAAUUAGACAAUUUAUCCAAUAGUGUGCUCUAAAUUAUGCAUUAGUAGAGCAAAACUAAAGUAAAUCAAACUUGUUCUGCAUAUCGUACACAUAUGAUAUGCCAAAAACAUAUGUAUAUCAUAAUGCACGAUAUGUCAUAAGUCUAAUAAUCUUAAAUUAAGAAAAACUAAAUAAGCGUAAAUAAGCAUAUAAUGAACUUUAGAGUUAAAAAAAUGUUCAUUAUC